AUGGGGAAGAACAACAAAUCACCUUCGAGAGAUUGGAAAGAAAUGGACUAUGAAGUGUUGUUGAGAAUCUUCAUGACUCUCAAUAUGGUGGAUUUCGUUGCUGUUUCUUGGGUGUGCAGCUCCUGGCGAAAAGUUUGCCAAGACCAAGUGUUUUGGAAUGGGAAAGUGUUAGAUCUUAGCAAGUUGCCUUUGCAACUCACCCAAUCAAGUCCCAGGAUGAUUCAGUUCUUGAUGUACGUUUUAUAUCUCAGUGGCGGCAAAUUAGGUUAUCUGAUAUUCGACUUUCGUCUACCUUUAACCGAUGGGAUCUUCAUUAACAUUGCUAGAAGGUAA